AUGCAGUCGGACUUUUUCGUCACUCUGAUAAGCAACGCCAGCAUGGAGUUAUUUCCCGAAAAUAAGCAGUCUCAUUUCACCGUGAAAAUGAGUCCACCUAUUGAUUUACGCGGGAAAUGGGUAGUAGGUCUGAGCGAGGUUAUUAUUCCUAGAUAUUGGUUCAACAUAUCAAAUCAUAAUAACGAUUAUACUAUUACUAGACAUAAAAUUAGAAGAGAAAAAAUAACUGAUGUAACAUGUGAGAUUCCAUUAACUACAGGCGAUGAAAAUGAAGGGACGCUUUUCCAUUGGAUAAACAAGAAUAUAGUUUCAUUAACAGGAUCUAAGUUGGCAGAAUUUGUUUUAGACGAGGAUUAUAAAAACGUUAAUUAUCCGUAUCGAGCUAUAUUAGAUGCCUUGCUAUUUAAUUCGAAAGAAGUGCAAGAAACUUUUUUAACGAGCGCGUUAUUUUUUAAAGAUACUGCCAGACAAAUGGAUUCAAUAUAUCCGUUAUAUGAAAAUAAUACUAACUACGGAUUAGUUAAAAGAUUUAACAUCAGCAAAGAAAGUAGAAUAAUAGAUUUAAUGGGACGUCUUCAUAUCGAUUUAGCGAAUCAGCCUAAGCUUCUAACGAACCAUGUAGACCUAAGAAUUAAAUUGGAAAGAUCUGAAGAAAAUUUUGCACUAAUGGCGGAUAACGACAACUAUAAAAACAAUCAAAUGAUUCCUUCUAAACCCUAUACUCCGGAUUAUACCAAUAAAAUUUAUGCAAGAAAUUUUAUCUCGUUAUUUGAAGAUACCGGAUGUAUUCAUCAUCAUAAAUCUAUAAAUAUAUCGUACGACGAGUACCGAGACGGUUAUACUUUAUAUUGUUUCGAUCUUACCCCUGAUAAAUCAGGCUCCGAGAAUCACAUAGGAAUUGAAAAAGCAUUACAAACCGCUCUAAUUAAGUUACCAUUCAGAAGGACAGAUGUUAAAGUCUUUACGUUAACUAGCGGGAUUCAGUCUACAAGUAUAUCAAACGUUGUUAUCGGCCAACUACCUUAUAGAAUAACUCUCGGAUUAGUUUCUAAUUCUGCAUUUAAUGGAAAUGUGAAGCGUAAUCCUUUUAAUUUUAAAAAUUAUGAUUUAAAUUAUAUAUGUUUAUCAAAAGACAAUCAAAUGAUUCCUUCUAAACCCUAUACUCCGGAUUAUACCAAUAGCAUUUAUGCAAAAAAUAUUAUCUCGUUAUUCGAAGAUACCAGAUGUAUUCAUCAUCAAAAAUCUAUAAAUAUAUCGUACGACGAGUAUCGAGACAGUUAUACUUUAUAUUGUUUCGAUCUUACCCCCGAUAAAUCAGGCUCCGAGUCUCACGUUAGUGUUAACGAGCUUGGAAACAUUUCUGUGGAAUUAAAGUUUUCGAAGGCGAUACCAGAAACCAUAAACGUUAAUGAAUACCGUUACGUUGUGGAGAUUACCAGCGAGCGAUCCGAAAAUAAAAAAAAAUUUUGGAGGAGUUUUUGCAUCUGA